AUGGAGACCAGAAUCGUCCAGGUUGAAGCUCAAGGGUUGGGAAGUUUUAGGGACGUCGAGGGACCUGAGAGGUUAAGUCACUGGGAAGUCACCAGCACCGCCUCGGGUUCAUCAAUAGCCGCCCUGCGCGACGCUGCAGAAUAUAUACGCAUCAAGGACACCCCCGUGGCCUUCCCCACCGAGACGGUCUACGGCCUGGGUGCCGACGCGACACGGAGCGGCGCUGUCAAAGGCAUCUACUCCGCCAAGGGCCGGCCAUCGGACAACCCCUUAAUAUCCCAUGUCUGCGACCUGGAUAUGCUGAGGGGAUUGCUGCGACCUGAGAAGCGGAUGACCAAUGGGGACUCGGCGGGGAGGGAUCCGAUCCCUGAAAUUUACAAGCCGCUCAUCGAAAAGUUCUGGCCCGGCCCCCUGACGAUCCUGCUACGGAAUCCGGAGCCAAGCAAGCUCGCACCCGAGGUCACGGCGGGCCUGGCGAGCUUUGGUGUCCGGAUGCCGUCUUCGCCGUUGGCCUUGACGCUGAUCAAGCUUGCCGGCGUCCCAUUGGCCGCGCCGUCUGCCAACGCCUCGACCAAACCGUCUCCCACGACAGCGCAUCAUGUUUACCACGAUCUGGAAGGGCGCAUUGAGCUGAUCCUGGACGGCGGAGCAUGUCAGGUUGGCGUAGAGAGUACUGUCGUUGACGGGCUCUGCGACCCGCCUGUCGUGCUGAGGCCCGGCGGCGUGAGCAUGGAAGAACUGCGGACCUGCGCCGGGUGGGAGGGCGUCAUCAAGGCGUACAAGGACGAGAGCGAGACAGGGAAGUCUGCGCCGCGGGCGCCGGGGAUGAAGUACAAGCACUACAGCCCCAAGGCAAAGGUUGUGCUGUACGAAUGGGGUUGCGGGGCGGGGACCGAGGGCAUCAUGCCCGAGGAUCUGCAGAAGGCGCUUCUCCAGCAGAACGGUGAUGUCACUGCUACCAACGGUUCAGGACCGACUUCGAUAAGAAUUGGAAUCAUCCGGACGAGGAGGUGGAAGACCGCGGGAGGGCUGCAGACGGGCGUGCUCCAGGUCUCCAAGGUCUACGUUGAUGGGGCUGCGGCAGCGAAUGCCAGAGACGAGGCGGCGUACGAGGUCCAGGAGGGCGAGCUGCAGGACGCAGAGGAGAAGCCCAUGGCGACGAUUCUCGACAUAGAUCUAGGGGACGACACCAGGGGCAUCGCUCAGGGGCUCUUCUCGGCGCUGAGAGAUCUGGACAGGAGAGGCGCCGGCGUCAUCUUCGUGGAUGGCAUUGACGACAGAAACGACAUCGCCGAGGCCGUAAUGAACAGGCUCCGUAAGGCAGCUUCGGAAAUUCGGGCAUAG